AUGAUGAGAUGUCAGCAACUGUUCGUUUUUCAUUACUGUGCCCCAUGCCUUCGCGCACAACGUCUACGGCCAGGUUCUCGCCAUGAACGCAUUAUCCGAACAAGGGCAUUCUCUGCUGGGCUAAGAGGUGUUUCGCAACAUGAACAAACUCAAUCAAGAGAGAGUGGCCAAGAGAAACGAGAUGGGAUAUCCAGUGCAGAGGAGGGCGCAAUGUCAAGAAUGCUAUCCUUAAUGGCGGACGAAUCGAUGUUAGAAGGCGGGAGAUCCUCCCGCAAAAACAUGCAAGAGGCAGGCUUCUCCGAAGAGUUGAAAAAGAAGCUAGAGGAGAGGAUUGCAGAGAGUACUUUUCGAAAUGAGAAUGCUGCUGCGUUCUCUCUUGUCAAUAUGCCGGCCAGUGCCGGCAGAGGAACCCAAGAUAUCGCUGCAGCGGCUCCGUGGACAGGGACCGAAUCCAUCCACGACGCCUCACUCCGGAUGCUACACGAUGCAAGCAAGCCAAUACGAGUCCCAUUUAAGCCCCCGCAGCCCGGUCCGAAGAACCUGCUCCCAACGGUGAAAAAGUCCAUAUCAUCGAGCGAGCGCCUCGCCGCCGCUCGCGAUCGCACAUCCACCUACGCCCUAAGUCGGGACCCCAACAUGUCCGAACGGGAGCGCGAAGCGAUCCGUAGAGAACUACAAGAGCGAUUCACGCCUGGCGCGCGCGCGAUCACACCUCAUGGACUUAGCUCGCUGGCAAACGAGCGCAUCGAAGAUGCAAUCGCCCGUGGCCAGUUCCGGAAUAUCCAACGCGGCAAGGGAAUCAACACUGAACGUGAUCACAACGCAAGCAGCCCCUAUAUCGACACGACAGAAUACCUGCUGAAUAAGAUUAUUCAGAAACAGGAAGUUACCCCACCAUGGAUUGAGAAGCAACAGGAGGUAGCGAAAGAGGUUGAUCGGUUUCGGAGGCGGUUGCGUAGUGAUUGGAAGAGACACGCUGUGCGGCUCAUUGCAAGCCAGGGUGGAUCACUGGAAAGUCAGAUUCAGCGAGCGCGGGGUUAUGCCGCUGCGGAAGUACGGUUGGGCAAUAACGGACAGAAUACGUCGCAUACGGCAGAAACCAAUGCAAAAGCACCCGAAUCCCAUAACAACUCCUCCGCAUCUCAACAUCUCCCAUCUGUCCCACCACUGCGAGAUGCCGACUACCUAAAAAUCGAACAGGCAUACCAUAACCCUGACAGUUAA